CACAACGCUACGACUUGCUCCAUUCGAAUGAUCAUUUUAAUCUUCGAUAUCCUUGUUGGGAAAGUUUAAGAUGGCAGCCGGUUUUGUAGGAUAAUUUUUUCAUGGCUUGGAGACAAUGAAGAGAAGAAGUAACAAAAAGCGCAAAGAGCGCUCCAAAUCCCCGGACUCAGAUUCCAGUCGUAUCAAAGUCUUUGUUCGUAUUCGUCCUCUUGGUCCACAUGACGUCACAGAUCAGUUUGGAAAAGGGGCUGUUCACGUGACAAAUGGAGAUAUGACACAGGUCAAAGUCAACGAAGGAAAAACCUCCAAAUCGUUCGAGUUUGACCAAGUCAUACCACAGGAAACUGUCAAUGAAGAGGUUUACAAGAUCAUUGGAAAGCCACUUGUAGAGGCUUGUCUGACUGGGUUGAAUGCCAUCCUGAUGGCUUAUGGACAAACUGGAGCAGGAAAGACAUAUACACUCAUGGCAUCAGAUGGUAUCACACCCAAAAUAGUCAAUACCAUCUUCUCCAUUGUUGAAAGGGACCAACUUCAUUCAUACACUGUCACGUGUUCGUACUUACAAAUAUACCAAGAACGAAUCUACGAUCUUUURUGCGCGGGAAAGAUGCGCGAAGUGUUCCUUCGUGAGCAUCCCAAGAAAGGUGUCUUCGUAGAACGCUUAUCAGAAUUACUUGUCAAGAGUCCGCAAGAUGUGUCAACGUUCUUCACCACGGGAAGGAAAAGACUCGCUUUUGCGGAGACAAAGAUGAACAGAAACUCCAGCAGGUCACAUGCUAUUUGUCAGUUGAAGAUCGAGAGAAUAAACAUGCCCACGCGAUAUGGAGUAUUCGAUGCGCAUGCGUCAUCUAUGACGUCAGACUCCUCCAUUGGUGACCUCACCUUCUCAGGUCUAUCAUCCUCAAGCUUCGAAGGGGGUAGUGAAGGGAGCAUGUGUGGUUCACGGGACGUACCGUCAUUUUUUGAUUAUGAGGAAGAUGAUGAUAUUUUCGCUAAGGUCAACAGCUUGACGAAUGGAGCUUCUACAGUUAGAGGUCGACUUUACAUAUGUGAUCUUGCUGGAAGUGAACGCAUYAAGAAAACAAAAGCUCAGGGUGAACGACUCCAAGAAGCUCAGUCAAUCAACUCCUCUUUACUAGAACUNNGGAACGUCAUCCAUGCUCUAGCARAAGGCAAAAACAGCUUUAUACCUUACAGGAAUUCGAUUUUAACUCGUUUUUUACAAGAUGGAUUGUCUGGGAACUCAAGAACAAGCUUAAUAGUGAGUAACUUUUGUCCUAUGAUUAAAAAUAUCGCCUCAUUAGUGAAAGUUUUACAACACUAUAUAAGAGCAAGCAACAAUUAGAGUUCACAGUAAUGAUGGAUAACGGACCAAA